AUCCUGACCUUGUUCUCACCUUACAUACAAACAAUUUAUUCCAUGAUUAUCUUCCAGCUGCUUUAUACAUAAAUAUCUACAUUAUUCUCCUUAUAUUUACUGAUCACAACUAACCUAACUGCACUCUAAAUUCAUUAAAAUUAUUCUUAAUUUGGAACAUAAUUUCUCAGAAAUGGAGAAAUUCUUAUGUGUUCAGGAUUUUUACGAGGCAGCAAAAUCAAAGCUCACCAAAGAUUCGAACGGAUCCUGGGAAUAUUUUGAAGGCAUUCCAGACGAAGGAUGGGCUUUAGACCAAAAUAGGAAGGCUUUCAAAAGAUAUGUAAUUCGUCCUCGGAUUUUGCGCGACGUUUCUGCCAUAAACUUGACCACGACGAUCCUCGGAAUUCCAGCCUCCAUUCCGAUCGGUGUGGCACCAACUUCUAAGCAGGCCCUUUUUCAUCCCGAUGGAGAAUGUGGUGUGGCAAGAGCUGCGGGGCGAUCAGGCGCCAUCUACGUUCUGAGUACCUUAGCGACCGCAAGUAUCGAAGAGGUCGCUGCUGCCGCACCAAAAACGAGGCUUUGGUUUCAGUUGUACUACCAAAAAGAUAUCGAGGUGAACAAAGACCUUUUAAUAAGAGCUGAAAAAUCUGGCUACGAGGCAGUCGUUUUAACAGUGGAUUGUCAAAUUCCUGCAAAUCGACUCGGUUUCAAAAGGAAACCUUGGAAACUUCCGGAAAUGCAGGAACAGCAAGUUCCGGAAGAUAUGGAUCCCAGCAUGGAUUGGAAUGUCGUUAAAUGGAUCAGAGAGCAAACCAAAAUGAAACUCAUCUUGAAAGGCAUUCUUACCGGAGAAGAUGCCAAAUUGGCCGUGGAGCAUGGCGUCGACGCCAUCAUCGUGUCAAACCAUGGCGGGCGACAGUUGGACUCCGUCAUGCCAGCGAUUGACGUCCUACCGGAAGUAGUAGCUUCGACUAAAUCCAGUAAUGUUGAAGUCUACCUGGACGGUGGCAUCACCCUUGGAUCCGAUGUCUUCAAAGCGUUAGCACUUGGAGCUAAAAUGGUUUUCAUUGGACGAACGGCACUCGCAGGUCUGACCGUUGGCGGUGAGCAGGGUGCCGCCAAAGUGUUGGAAAUACUGACAAAUGAGCUUGACAAAACCAUGGCUUUGGCAGGUGUCACAGAUUUAGGAAGCAACAUCAGCUCAAAAUUUAUUCAAAAUUACAAACCCUUUCUAUCAUCCGAUUACUGAAGAUUCGCGAAUAAAUAAAUCAAUUUGCAAGAAUUUAAACUCCAUAAAUUUUUCAUGCAAGAUCCAAAAUAGCGGAUAACGCGAUGAAAUAAUUUUAAUUUUAAUUGAAAUUCUGAAGUUAUCGGUUUCAAGGAUAAACAAUUAUUACACUUCAUUGAACACAAGUUUCAUCACCAUCAUUACAACAAAUUAAGCAAUUUGCAUUAGUUUUGAGAAUUGUGAAAAUUUUGGAAAUACAAAACAAUGAUUCUAGAAA